AUGCGCUACUGGGGGCUGCUCGGGCUCGUCGCCGUGCUGCUCGUUGGCCAGCUGAACGGUGGCCACGUCGUCGAGGGUCAAGUCGGCGGGUUGAACGAGUUCCAGCUGAAAUUCGGCGAGAAGUCCCAGAAGGCUCACCAGGAGCUGAUCUCGACGGCCAAGCUGAACCACGACGCCCUAGUCGCCGAUGUCGCCAAGUACAGAAGCCCCGUCUUCGUCAAGGACAACAGCCAGAUGAAGCAUACGGCGGCCGACAAGGACCAGUACGAGUACGUGCCCGGGUCGACUGUCGGCCAGCAGAUGCGAGACUACGAGUUCAUCCAGGCGCCGCUCAACGAGAAGACGGCACUCGAUCUGUCGCCCACUUGUUUCGAGGGUCGAGUCGGCGGGCUAAGCGAGUUCCAGCUGAAAUUCGGAAAGAUGUCCGCCGAGAAGAAGCAGGCCCAGCAGCAGCGGAUCUCGUGCACCAAGCUGAACCACGACACAGUCGUCGCCAAUGCCGCCAAGUACAGGAGCCCCGUCUUCGUCAAGGACAACAAACCGAUGAAGCUGAAGAACACGGCGGCCGGGAAGGACCAAUACGAGUACGUGCCCGGGUCGAUCGUCGACCAGCAGAUGCGAGACUACGCAUUCAUCCAGGCACCACUCAACGAGAAGACGGCACUCGAUCUGUGGAGGACCGUUUGGCAGGACCCGACGCGUCUGGUGUGUUCGGUAUCGCAGGAGAAACUGAUCGGCGAGGAGACGUCGAGCAAAUGCUGGCCAUAUAGGCCGCGCAGCGAGGACAAGAGCAUCUCCUAUGAUAACGGUCGCUUCGUGGUGAAGUGUAAGAAGAAAGGGGGCGAGCGCAAGAAAGGGUUCACCAUCUGCGAGUUGAUCGUCGUUGGACCACCCGAUGAGGACAAAAAAGGCGAAGAGAAGGGCGGUGGCGCCGACACGGAGGGGCGCCCGGUUACGCUUCUCCACUUCGAGAAGUGGGCGCCGGAGAAGUGGAUGGAUGGAGAAAAUGUGUUCCAUCUCGUCAUGGAGCUGCACAAUCGCACGCAACAGCCUUGUGACAAAGUGACGGACCGCUACUCCGCGCCCGUCCUCCUGCAGGACUACGAGUUGUGCUGGAGCAGAUUCACGAACGCCUCGCCAUCCGCUACUAUCGGCAUCGUCAUCUUCCUCAUGCUGUUCAACUUCUUCGAGUGGAUCUUCGGCGAUGCAGCGGUCCACGCCCGUACGGUACAACUCCACGGUGCUGUUGCUGCUCCUCCUCUAAAAGCUGCUGCACCCCAUCCGAAUCGUGGCGGCCGCCCCACCAUCUUUAACGAUCUGGGAAUCUGCAAAGAAUGUGAGGAAGGCCCGCAGCCCGUUUCCAACCGCUACUCAGUGCCGGCUUGCACAAAAUGCGACCACAAAUUCAGCGGUAUGCUGCUGAAGGAAUUCGAUGGGUGCAAAUGCCGUGGAGGCGUCCGCAAAUGCGGAUUUUGUGUGUUUCAAUCUUGGUGCGAGAAAGGCUUCAGCCGCCCCGAGGCCACCCCCGAG